AUGAGUAGUAUAUUAGAGGCCAGGCAUAAACUUUAUCAAAAUCGCACUGAAAUUAUAUACAAAUCACUGAAGUGGUUCUUAAAUACAUUUAGACUUUAUGGGGAAAUGCCACCAGUAUUAAGAUUUCAAUGCACCCAAUCCUUAAUCAAAGCUACAAAAUUCCAGUUUGCCUUUAAUAUCAAUCUUAGAACAGAAUUAUUCAUUAUAAGAAAUCAAUUGAAAGUCCAAUAUAAAGCUAUAAAGGCAAUAUGUGCUGUUGCAAAAAAGAAUUGUUUAGAAGUCAAUGGGUUAUUUUAUGCAGAUCCAGAAGUAUAG